UGGGAUUUUUAUUAGGAUUGUUAUUUAUCUAAAGGUGAUUCGUAUUUUUCUUUUUGUGCUCAUUAAUAAAUAUCCGUUUUUUCCCCUCUCGUCCCAAAAUACCCAAACAAGGGAAAAGAGAAGAAAGAGAGGAGGAAAGGGAAGAGACAAAGAACUUGGAUUUGGUCUGUUGAGUAGCUCUCCUGUCUCUGUUAAACCCUUUUUUUCCCCUUAUCAAUCUCACCAGCUUUGGUUUAAAUCUAUUUUGGUAUUUUGCUGUUCACUCCUUUAAACCCACAAAGGUUCUGGCUUUUGAAUGUGAGAUUGGUUUUCUGUGGGUGUCCGAUGCAGCGGCCGGCAAUGGCGUUCGAGGGAUAAACUCGUCGUAGAUGUGAAUUUGGGGAAGGAGAAGUAGGAAAGAUGAGAUCUUUGAGCAGUGUGGGGCUUGGUCUGAGCGUAGUGUUUGGCUGCUUGUUAGUGGCUCUUCUUGCUGAGCUCUACUACUUGCUAUGGUGCAAGAAGAGAUUCGCAAGACCAGGAGUGAGCAAUGACUAUUCUAACCCCGCUGCAACCAGCGAGCUUGUCUUCAUCCUCUGUUGCAGAAGAAAGCUUUGUCCUUCUUCUCGCUCCCCUUGUGUCUUAAACCCUAAACCCACUCAGAACCAUCUCCAAGAAGCACGAGAACAAGGUUCUGCAGAUCGAUUCGGAGACCACAGCAAUGAUGGUGGCGUUGAGAGUGUUCAUGGGUUUGGCAAUGUGGUGGGUCCAGGGCUUAUGCCGAGGUUCUUAUUCACAAUCAUGGAGGAAACAAAGGAGGAUUUGGAAAUGGAAUCUGAAGAUGGAAAGUCGAUGGCAGAGAUGAGUUUGGGCGAUUUGUUUCUAAAUAUGGAAAGUGGUGCCACUCCAUAUCUCACUCCUCUCGCUUCUCCUUCACUCUUCACCCCUCCUCUCACUCCACUGAGAGAUUCUUGUCAUGGGGAUAGAAAUAAGAUCAGAAAAGAAGGGCUUUACACAUUCUUGGAAUCGUCGGCUGAUGCUGAAUUUAACAAGCUCGUAAGAUCAUCAUCGUCGUCGUCACCAUCAUCAUCAUCAUUUUUAUCACCAUCAGCAUCGCCUCUACCGAGAUUCAAGUUCAUGCGAGAUGCGGAGGAGAAGCUUUAUAUGAGGAGGUUUGAUGGAAAUGGCAGAAACUGAGAGGUCAAAACGUCAAUCUGUAAUGACAAAAGAUUGGCCUCAAGAUCAUCAAUCAAGUUCAGACAAACAAAAUCAAGCAAGCAAGCAAGCAGAUGUCUGCAAAGUGUUUUCCUUCAGCUUCUUCACCAACAACAGAGACAAGAAUGCAGAGCCUUGGUGUUUCAUCCCGUUUGAACACAUUCAAGGUUGUCUCUCUCUCUCUCUCUCACUCAUCUCUCUCUCUCUAUAUAUAUAUAUGAAGCUUAAACUAUUUGGUUUGUAAAUUUGGUUUAAGUUUCAUCAAGGUGUGAAUGCAAGGUGCUAGAAUGGUAUUUGUUCUUUUAA